AGUUCCCAAUGUAUCGAGCUAUUAUGAACAGUUGCUUGUUCGUUCGAAUUCAAACGAUCGGUUUUAUUUUUUAAAAUUCACAUUUGUUUCAUUUUAUUAUUUCUUAUUGUUGUUUGUUUUUUUUUUUUUUGUUAAAUGUAUUUAAAGUAUUUUGUACGGGCUGCGCGUUUUGUUUAAUCGUUACGCUUUUGGUCGUUAAUAAAAAAAUUAUAAUAAUAAAAAUAUAUUUUAAUAAUUUUGUGUCACCUUUACUCUACUACUACAAUUAAAAGAUAUAAAGCUAUCAAACGCCAUAUAAAUGCAAUACAAUUGAAAUUCUACUGUAUCUAUAAAACUAAACGUAUAGAAAAGUAUUAUCUAUAAAACCAAGACCUUUGUUAAACUAAAGAAAAAGGCCUUGAUUAAAAAAAAAAUUCACGUUUCCUGUUUACAAAAAAAACACACACACACAACAGCCAUAAAAAAUUGUGUCUCAAAACCACCGUCAUUUAAAGCCAAUAUUACUCUAUAAAUAAACAGAUUUCAAUAUGCCGGGAGAGGCGGUUCAAGUAAUCUCCACAUCGGAGGAACACACAUUCAUACUAAAUGAAGACAAUUUAAGUGAGGUGCUGAUGCGUGAAGAAGUCAAAGAUCGUUAUGUGUGUGUGGUAUCAGUAGCGGGAGCAUUUCGUAAAGGAAAAAGUUUUCUCUUAGAUUUUUUUCUGCGUUAUAUGUAUUCAAAGUAUGUACGCCAUGAUGUUAGCGAUUGGUUGGGUGAUGAAGAUUCACCUUUGACGGGUUUUUCUUGGCGUGGCGGUUCUGAACGUGAUACAACUGGCAUACUUAUGUGGUCGGAUAUAUUUUUACAUGACUAUCCCAAUGGUGACAAAAUUGCCAUUAUUCUUUUGGAUACACAGGGAGCCUUCGAUAGCCAAAGUACUGUACGUGAUUGUGCUACAGUUUUUGCUUUAAGCACCAUGUUGUCAUCGGUUCAAAUCUACAAUUUGUCACAAAACAUCCAGGAGGAUGAUUUACAACAUUUACAAUUGUUCACAGAAUAUGGUCGUUUGGCUUUAGCCGACUCUGGCAAGAAACCUUUCCAACGUUUACAAUUUCUAGUGCGUGAUUGGAGUUUUCCCUACGAAGCUGAAUACGGCGCUUUGGGUGGCGAUCAAAUACUGAAAAAGCGCCUGGAAAUAUCGGAUAAACAACAUCCCGAAUUGCAAUCACUUAGACGUCAUAUUUCCUCGUGUUUCCAAGAAGUGGCCUGUUUCCUUAUGCCCCAUCCCGGUUUAAAUGUCGCAACAAAUCCCAAAUUUGAUGGUCGUCUCAAAGAUAUCACACCGGAAUUCAAACAAAGCUUAAGAACUUUAGUGCCCAUGCUCUUGUCGCCCGAUAAUUUGGUAUACAAAGAAAUCAGCGGUCAACGCAUUAGGGCCCGAGAUCUUAUACAAUACUUCCAAUCGUAUAUGACAAUUUACAAGGGUGAUGAAUUGCCCGAACCUAAAAGUAUGUUGGUAGCCACAGCAGAAGCUAAUCAUUUGACUGCUGUAGCAAAUGCCAAAGAGUUGUACAAUCAAUUGAUGGAAGAUGUUUGCGGUGGCACUAGACCGUACUUAAGCACUGGUCAUUUGGAAGCUGAACACUUAAGAGUUAAGGACAAAGCUGUAUUUCAGUUCCUGGCCAAACGUAAAAUGGGCGGUGAAGAGUUCACCGAAAAGUUCCGUCAACAAUUGGAUUCUGAUCUUGAGGAAAUCUUUGUUUCGUAUAAAGCGCACAAUGAAAGUAAAAAUAUAUUUAAAGCCGCACGUACCCCAGCUGUUUACUUCGCCCUCGCUGUUGUCUUUUACAUUCUAAGUGGCAUCUUUGGUCUGUUGGGCAUGUAUACCUUUGCCAAUUUCAGUAAUUUAAUCAUGGGCAUUUCAUUACUGACCUUAGCUUUGUGGGCGUAUAUUAGAUACAGCGGUGAAUUGAGUGAUUUUGGUGUUAAACUAGAUGAUUUUGCGACGUUACUGUGGGAGAACUUCAUGAAACCGAUUUAUCAGGGCUGCAUGGAAAAAGGCAUACAACAUGUUGCCACACAUGCUGCUGAGGCGGCAGUUGGUGGCGGUAGUCGCACAUCAUUAAAUGGCAAAUUGAAAAGUUCAUGAGAAUACGCCAAUAUGCAAAAAAAUCAAAAUGAUGCAAGUGGCUAUAAAAAGCCAAAGGCAACAAAUGAUAAAGAGCCGUCAACAGCAUCAGCGGCAAAACAACAACAGCAACAAAAAAUGGUAGUUAAUAAUAGUAAACAAACAACAACAGGAACAUCAACGAAUAACAACUAUUUAGGUCAUAAAAACAAACCACAAGCAACAGAAACCACAUCAUUAAAUGCUGCCAGUACUACAUUAUUUGCUUCCAUAUGGAGUAAAUUUUCUGCCACUUGUAAUGAAGCCAAACAACAAAAAAUCUUACAAAAGCAAGCUUCAACAACAUCUGCAGCAGCAGCAGCAACAUCCACAACAACUUCUAAUGGCAAUGCUAAUGGUAACAAUGUUACCAAUCGUAAAAAAAGAAAAUCGAAGAAGAAUUCCAACUCAACUUCGAAUAUGGCAAAAUAAAUAAAAUAAUAAUUUUUUUUUCACAAUUGUCCUUAAGUAAAUGUUAAAGCCUCCUCUCUCCCUCCUAAAACUCCUCAGAUUCCCUAAAAAGAAGUUUUUUUAUUCCCUAGUGUUUUUUAUGAUUACCAACAAAAAUUUUUUCCUUGUAUGUUGUUUUUUAAACCAACAGAAAUAAAAAAAUCUUAGCCACGUAAAUUUAUAUUAAAUUAAAUAAUAAACAAAUACAGAAAUUACAACAAAUUUAAAAUAUCUCUAGUUUAAAAACAUUAUGCUUAAACUAUAGUAAUUAUAAUAAUAAUGAUUAAUUUAAAACCAACUUAAAAAAAAAUAAAGUCAUAAAUAAAUAAAAACAAAAACCAGCUAAAGCGCAGGCGUUAAUAGGGAUCGUUACAAUUAAAUAAGUCUCACAAAAAUUACUUAUAACGGGGGUUUUUCUAAUCAAAUACUUUUAUUAUUUUUUUAUUUAAAAUACAACACCUAUCAAACACUAACAUUUCCUACCAUUUUGUUACUUUAUGCUAUAAUUUUUUUUAAUAUUUGUUGUCUUUGUUUUUUGUGUAACCACUUAUGCUUUAAAAUUUUUUUUAGUGUGUCAUUAAGUAUAUUAUAUAUUUUAAUUUGUUUUUUUUUUUUUUAAAUAUGAAUUUUAUUUUGUAUAAUUUUUUAUUGUUUAUUUCUUCUGUUAAUUUAAUAAUUAUUACUUUUUUAUAUAUAUAAAUCAUUUUUUUUAUACAUAUCCUCUCAUGGUUAAGGUAUGAUAAAAUUUUCCGUAAGAAAAACAAAAGAAACAAAAAAAAGCAGUCGAAAGAAAAAUAGAAGUAAAAUGCAACAGUAACUGAUGCAAUGGAUGAAUUUAAAAUUUGUUUUAAUUGAAUUAUAAUAGUAAUAAAAAGAAAAUAAAAAUUUAAUAAAGAUAAAAAAA